AUGAUGUCUGAAGGUGAAGAUGUUCACAAAAGCCUUUGUGGAAGAGCUGUAAAUGUCAACAUCAGGCUUGACAAGAGCUCCUUGACGGUUGAGAAGACUUCCGUCACGCUGUCAAACCAAAGAUGCGUGGUCAUCCACAAUCAGAGUGCCAUCACGGCUCACUUCCAGUGGAAGCGUUCUGUUGAUCAGGAAGAGGAGGAGCGGCAGAAGCUGAGGCUGCAGAGGCAGGAAGAGGACAAGCUGGUUGAUGUUCCUAAGGAGCACGGGGUGGUGCGCCCUCUCGGAGAACAGCCUUCCCUUCCCAUCUGCACCUCCCAGAACCAGGGGACAGAGGUGCAGGGAGACUCCGUGCCUUUCUGCAAUGAUAUUUUCACCAUUGUGCCCAUGGAGGGAGAUAUCUUGCCAAAUUCUUCACUUGAAAUCAGCGUGAUCUUUAAGCCCAAAGAAGCCGGAGUCUACCAAGAGACAGUCUACUGUGACAUCUCAGGCUGUGAGAGCAGGCUGCCCCUGUGCAUCAGCGGGGAAGGCGUCGGGCCCCAGGUGGAACUCAGCUGUGAGCAGCUGAGCAUCGGGGAGGUGUCUGUGGGCUCAAGCCACAGCUACAGGGUGAUCCUGCUCAACAGAGGAGUUCUUGAGGCUCCCUUCGGCGUGGUCUAUGCGGAGAGAGCUCUGGGCUCCUGCUUCACCUUUGCCCCCCGGGAGGGCGUGCUUUUGCCUUUCGAGCAUCAGGUCAUCUGGAUCUCCUUCAAUGCUACUGUCCUGGGGCAGUUCACAGAAGAAUUCCAGUUCAGGGUGAAGGGAUCCCCUGAGCCUCUGACGCUGACUGUGAGCGGCUGUGUCAUCGGGCCGGCAUUUCAUUUCAAUGUGUCGUCCCUCAGCUUCGGUGAAGUCUCCUUUGGCUUUCCUCGCACCCUGUGCUGCCGCCUCACUAACACUUCCCCGGUGCCCUUCAACUUCAACCUUCGCAUUCCUGGGGACGGCUCAGGAGCACCCAGCGUGACCAGUUUUGCUCAGGUGUCAGACAGCACUGGUCCGUCGUGGAGAAAGCCAGCGCGAGGUGCCAAGAAGCCAGCUGAAUUUACUAUCAGGCCCUUGACAGGGACCGUCUGCUCCAAGGGACACUUGGAUAUCCAGGUCACCCUGUGCUCCAACACCGUGAAGAGAUACAAGCUGGCCCUGGUGGUCGAUGUGGAUGGUGUUGGCAGAGAGGUGUUAUCACUGCCCAUCAGAGCCAGAUGUGGCAUUCCCCUGCUGCGAGUGCUCCACCCAGCUGUGACAUUUGGACGAUGCUCUCUCAAAGUCCCUUAUCAGCAGAUGCUGACCCUUGUGAACGACAGCAACCUGCCAGGCUGCUACUGGGCUCUUCCUCAGGAGAACAAGGAUGCUGCUGCUGUGUGGUACUCCAGCCCUGAGCCCCGUGGGAUUAUCCAGCCUCACAGCUCGGUGGAGAUCCCGUUCACACUGGAAGUCCAGGUGACAGGAGAGCAGGACACCGUUGCUCAUGUUGCGGUGUUUGGGAGUAAAGAAUCCCCACUGAAAAUCCAUUUACUGAGCACUGGCGAAGGACCAGUUGUCCACGUGCACCCAAGUGAGAUAAAUUUUGGCUGCAUCCAAGUUCUACAAGAUGCUUCCCGAAGCCUCCACCUCUGCAAUCAGUCUGUCAUCCCUGCAUCCUUCUCGGCAAAGAUGGCUGGCGAAAACGCGUGGUGGAGUAUUGGACCCAGUCAAGGAGUGAUCCCUGCCAAGGCCGAGGUGUCUGUGGUUGUCACUGCGAAUUUGGAUGACACGGAGCAAUUCAAGGACGAGGUGGUGCUGUUCAUUGAGAACAGUCAUGCCUGCGUCAUCCCCGUCCAGGCUGUUGGCGUUGGCACCACGAUUGUCGUUGACAAACCCUUUGGCCCGGAGCUCAAGCUGGGCCCCUGCUUCAGCCUGGAUCCCUGCUGUUACCGCUUCAAGAUGACAAACAAAGGACAACGCACCCAUCUGCUCUAUUGGACCACAGAAGGUGGCACCACACUUGAGCAGCGCAAGCAUCUCCCUCCCGUCAGGAACACCAAGGGCAAGGUUUCCUCCUGCGGCCCCGUGUUUAAGCUUCAGCCGCUGAGGACGGAGCUGAUGCCUGGCCAGACAGCGGAGAUGGUGCUGGAAGGCUCCUGCAGCACCCCCCAGGUGGUGAAGGAGAAGCUGCUGUGUCACGCCAUCGUGGGCAAGGAGGGAGUGAAGAAUCUGAUCAUGCAGGUGGACGUCACGUGCGAGUUCAUUGCUCCCGCCCUGCAAAUAUCCAGCAGAGAAAUCCCUUUCCGGGUGGAGAAGCACCCCAGUGAUGUCCUGACUCUUCAGUACAAGCCUCUCUCUUUAAAGAACAUCUGCUGCCUGCCCCUCACUGUGGUCCUUGCCUUAGAGCAGCCCUUCUCCAUCUGCGGUGCGGACCAGCAGCCUCUCCCUGCAGAUGCUCAGCCCACGAAGCUGAGGAGAGGGGAGGAACUUCAACUCUGCAUCGCAUUUAACCCUGCUUACGAGGAAGACUUGCUUAUCCGGGCAGCAGAGAAGGCUCUGAAGAUCAGGUUCCUGGAGCAUCCUCAUGAAGAGCAGGUCACUGUUCGGGGAGAAGUCUACUUCCCGAAUCUCCAGCUCCAGACCACGGCCCUGGACUUUGGCUGCAUCUUGAAUGACACCAAGGAUGUGCGUUACAUGGAGAUGAGCAACUGCAGCCCGCUGGUUGUCCAGUACCACUGGUCAUUCCUGAAGGACAGCCAGGUGAACCCAGUGAGGUUCCUGGAGACAGAGCCCCUCGCCUUGGGUGUGGAGGAGGUUUUCGAUAUCCUGCCGCUGCACGGUGAGCUGCAGCCGGGCCAGAGCCAGCGUGUCACCUUCUCCUUCUUCGGCCACGCCAACACCGUCACCCAGGUCACGGCGCUGUGCAGGGUGGAGGGAGGCCCGAGCUACGAGGUGGCUCUGCGUGGGGAGGCCUCGCGCAUCAGCUACCUCCUGGACACCACCGAGAUCGACUGCGGGCUGCAGGUGUUUAACAAAGUCACGGAAGCAGCGGUGACCCUGCAGAACAGCGGGAAGCUGGGAUUUGCCUUUGUGGUGCUGAGCCCCGGCACAGGCACUGCAGCCAGCCCUCUGCCUGGCGUGCCCCUGGUCGUGCCUAGCACGGGUUACGCUGAACCUGGCAAGCAGCAAGUGCUCAAAGUCUAUUACCUGCCAGGAGUGCCUGGAGUCUUCUGCAGGGCUUUCCAGAUCCAAGUGGGUCACCUGGAGCCAGAGAAAAUCACGCUGAAAGGAGAAGGGACCUUUCCCAGGAUCCACUUGGACCUGCCCAGGAACAUCAAAGGCAAUGCCAAAUAUGAGAAGAUCCUCCAAAAGGCCAAAGAAAAGGUGGACAAAGGCAGACAGAGAGAGGAGGCCAUUGCUCUGGGGGAGGCUGUGGCAGGCGAGCCCCGCAUGGACGACUCGGGCACCGUGUGGGAUGCUGAGCUGCAGAUGCAGAUGGAGGAGAUGCUUAUUGAGGAGCAUGCCUUGGAGCAGCAGAAAGCUCUCACGUCCCGUCCUGCGGAGGACACUGCCUUUCACCAGCGUGUACAUCGGAGGCUUCUCAAAGCUGAGCUGCCCGAAUACGUCCUGGACCUUGGCUAUGUUGUUCCCGGUGACAUCCACACACGCAUCGUGAAGGUCACCAACACCGGGCACUUCCCUGCAUCUUUCCAUGUUGAUGGAUAUGUCCUAGAUAACACAGGCUUCAGCGUGUGCCUGGACCGUGUGAAGCGCCUGCCCUCCUGUGAGAGCAAGACAUUUGAAGUGUGCUUCGACCCACAAAGUGCCAGCCGGCCUCUGGGAAAGGUGGAUGUGCUCCUGCCCAUCAAGGUCAGAGGAGGCCCCACAUCGCAGGUCCGCCUCCGUGCCAUCGUGGCUGAGCCGUCCCUCAGCCUCUCCAGGGACAGGCUGGAGUUCUCCGCUGUCCAGUGUGGGCAGUGCCAGGAAGAAACCAUCCAGCUCCACAACACGUUCCAGGUCCCCUGUCAAUGGUCCAUCAGCGUGAAUGAGCCUGUUAAGGAGGUGAACAAACAUCUGCCGGCGAGCGAGCAUCAGAAGCUGCUCGAGGAGAUGAAGUCUGCGCCCUGUGGCUUCGAGGUGCUGCCGUCAGCUGGAACGCUCGCUCCAGGACAGCAGUGCCAUGUCCAAGUCCGUUUUUCACCCACGGAAGAGAAGUGCUACCGGGGCGAGCUGCACAUCCAGAUUUGCCAGAGCAGCCAACGCCUCCAGGUGCCGGUCUUGGGACGUGGUCUGGAGCCACGGCUGGAGUUCAGCCCCGCGGAGCUCGAGCUGGGACCGCUGCUGCCACAGAGCCAUGGGGAAGAGGGGACAGUGGUGGUGAAGACCCCCUGUGAGGUUUACUCGCUGGAGUUUGACCAGCAGCGCCUUGCUGAGGAGCAGCUCCUACGGACACCGCAAGGUGACAACAGCCACAACAGCUUGUUGCUGCCUCCCUGUGCCCCGGCCGGGAAGCUGACCGGUGAGGCCCAAGGAAGGGGCAUAAAAGUGAAGGUUGACGUUGUGGAUCCACCGGGAAAGGUGGUGAAGCUAGGAAACGUCUGCAUUGGGCAGACGGUGAAGAAGAUCGUCACCAUAGCCAACAAGAGUGCAGCCCCUCUGGCCUUUCAGCUCAGAGUCACAUCCACCGCGCCAGAGUUGCAGGAAGCUGGGGUUCUGUGCUUGAAGCCCAGCAAGGAGCUAAAGCUGAAGCCCAGAGGAGACAGAGGCAAAGUGGAGGUGACCUUCUCCCCGAAGCGCCCCAUCCAGCCGUUCAGCGGGGAAGUGCUGCUGGAGUGCGGCGGGCUGGCGCGCUCCCUCUUUGUGGUGCGGGGCUCCUGCCAGGGCAGCCUCGUGAGCUUGGACCAGGAGCAGCUCAGCUUUGGAGCCGUGGUGCAGCAGAGCUACACGUGGCGGCGCGUGGUCAUGCGGAACGCGGGCGUCACAGGAGUCAGGUUUACGUGGGACGUGGAGAGCUUCAAGCCGGACUUUUCCAUCAGCCCCACGAAGGGUUACAUCAGCCCAGGGAGGGAUGUCCCCUUCGUUGUGACCUUCCGCCCCUCGAAGCUGAGCCAGGCUGUCCAGUACGAGGGGCUGCGGUGCUUCAUCCAGGGCAGUGAGGCGCUGCGGCUUACGCUGUCAGGAUCCUGCGUGGAGGCCCCUGGCCCCAAAGAGACCCUGACUUUCAGCUGCAGUGUGCGUGAGAGGCAGAGCCAGACCAUCCUCCUUUCCAACCCAAGCAACGAGGCCUGGACCCUGCAGCCCAUCAUUGAGGGGAAGUACUGGAAAGGGCCUGAAUUUAUCCAUCUGGAGGCCAGGCAAAAAGAAAAGGCCUACCAGGUCACCUACAGACCCCUAAGCAUGAGCUCUGAGAACAAGAAGCAUCAGGGCUCCAUCUUCUUCCCCCUGCCGGACGGGACAGGCUUACGCUACCACCUGGAAGGAACUGCUGAAGCCCCCCGGUGUUCAGGGGCCAUUUCCCGGCAGGUUCCAUGCAGGAGUUCCCACACGGAGCUCAUCCCUGUGUCCAACUGGCUGCACAGCCCACAGAGGCUCCUGGUGGUUAUUGACAUGCUGAAACCAGAGAACGUGGAAAGCAGUUCUGUGCUGCAGGGGUGUUCCUACAUUGACGUGCCAAGCUCUGCAAAGAAGGACUACCAGCUCACCUUCUUCUCCUACAAAGAAGGAGUCUUCAGGGCAAAGGUGACCUUCCUCAACGAGACAACCGGAGAGUACUUGUUCCACGUGGUGACUUUCAAGGUGACGGCUUCGGGACCCAUCGGCACUGUGAAAAUGAGCACCGCUGUUCGGCAGAGGGUGUCCUCCACCGUCAAGGUGGACAACCCUCUGCCUGUCCCGGUGACGUUUGACGUCACCUGCGAAGUGCCCGAUGUCAGCGCUCCACAGCACUUUACUGUUCCUGCACAGUCGAAGGCGGAUCUUGUCUUGGAGUAUCAGCCCCUGAAAACGGGUGAGAGCACCGGGCACCUGGUGCUCCAGAGCAGCGACUUGGGCUCUCUGUCUUACAACCUGCAGCUGAAAGCCAUCUCGCAGAGGCCAGAGAAGCCCGUGUAUUUCCGCGCCACGCUGGGCUCCCGUCAGACCAUCACCACCAAAAUACGGAAUUUUGCCCAGCAGAAGACCGAGUACCUGCUGCAGACCGACUGUGCCGACUUCCAGACGGCAAAAUCCAUCAGUGCGGCACCUGCUGGCGCUGGGGGCUCGGACCUGAGCGUGGAAGUGACCUUUGAGCCCUGCCAGCUGGGCGAAGCCAAGGCCACGCUGCAGCUCAGCUCCGCAUUGGGCGGGCAGUACCGCAUCCCACUCAUCGGCCUUGCACUGCCCCCUGAAGCCCAGGGCCCCUUCCUCAUCCCAGCCGGCGGCUCCACCUCCAUCUCCUUCAGGAACGUCUUCCCGAAGGCCACGGCGUUCCAGUAUGCAGUAAAGCACCCGGCCUUCACCGUCAGGGCCCCCGAGAUGCUGCGCGCCAAGAGCAGCACCACCAUCACCGUCUCCUUCAGGGGCGGCCGGGCUCCUGUCACCAGCAGGCUGGUGGUCUCUUGCCCUGGGGGCUCCUGGAUCUACCACCUCCGGGGCCUGCCCUCCACCCUCAAGUGACCAGCUGCCCGCGGCCCUUCCCGCCACGUUCGUGCUCUCUGGAGCAAAUAAAUUUCAUUUAAAUCCCUCC